AUGAAAACUGGCAGAAGCCUUUAUCUGAGCCCGCGAAUUUUAUUUCCGGUGUUGAUUCUAACGAUUCUCCGCCGAGUCAGCCCCGACUCGGUAUCACCGCUGUGUGAACUCAGCUUCAAGGACAGGAACAAGGUUUAUCAUUACAGCUUGGCCUCUCCAGUGCGUACGUACCCGCAUGGCAUUCUCAGUGAAGAUGGGUUUUAUAAAGUGGCCAUUAAUGGGACCUUGCUUUGGUUUCAGCUUUGCAGUUCAAUGAUAUUCAACCACGAUAUACCUUUAUGUGUCGACUGUAAGGACUGUGGGGGUCAAUCACGUUGUGGUACGGGCUGCAGUGCACUCGUCUCUAACAAGUAUGGAGGCUAUCCUGUUUGUACUACUCUUGGUCAGCCUUCAAGCACACUCAUUGAUAUCCGUGAUAAAAAGAGUCCUCAUGCAGGGAUCACUGUCAAGGUGACUAACAGUGGCCCAAAGCAUAACUGUUCACUUUCUGUGUCAGUCAUUUGUAAUUCAAAUGGAGUCCAAGGUCCGAGGACCUUGGAGAAAGUUGGGUUUUGUGAUUAUAACACAGAGUUGAAGCAUCCAUUAGGUUGUGCGGAGGUUAUAUCCUCCAAAGGAAGCGGAUUCGGAUUUGGCACCUUCAUGAUCCUAAUCUUAUGCCUCUUUGGAGGUUACAUUCUAGCUGGUGCAAUUUACCGGUACUUCUUCCUGCAUGUUCGUGGCAUUGAUGUAAUCCCAAACUUAGAAUUCUGGGCCAGCUUACCUCACAGGGCACAGAGUUUGUAUCACUCUUUAAUACGGAGAGUCAGAGGACCUUCCUAUAAUCACCGAAGCUCGUAUUCACCCGUUAACUUUUGA